CAAAAUUCUGCCUCCCCUCGGACGGCACACGCACAGCCUCCGAACCGCGCGUUCGGAGCAGUCCGGAGCGCGGUGGCCGAUGGGAAGAUGGCGGGCGUGUUCCUGAUAGCUUCGGGGUCUUGUCGCAGCUGGGGCUGGGCAGCAGCCUCUUUCGGCCCCCACCAGGGCCUCAGCGCGUUACUAACACGGAAGCCCCAGCGGGCGCCCCGGCGGCUCCCAGCUUGCAGACAAAAGACAUCAUUCUCUUUCCUUAAUCGACCAGACCUUCCAAAACUGGCUUAUAAGAGGCUAAAAGGCAAAAAUCCAGGAAUUAUCUUCAUUCCUGGCUACAUCUCUAACAUGAAUGGUACAAAAGCAUUGGCGAUUGAGGAAUUUUGCAGAUCUCUAGGGCAUGCCUACAUAAGGUUUGAUUACUCAGGAGUUGGAAAUUCAGAGGGUAACUUAGAAGAAUGCACAGUGGGGAAAUGGAGAAAAGAUGUUCUUUCUAUAAUUGAUGAUAUAGCUGUAGGACCACAGAUACUGGUUGGAUCUAGCCUUGGUGGGUGGCUUAUGCUUCACGCUGCACUUGCACGACCGGAAAAGGUCAUGGCUCUUGUUGGUGUAGCUACAGCUGCAGAUGCCCUAGUGACACAGUUCAAUCAGCUUCCUGUAGAGGUAAAAAAAGAAGUAGAGAUAAAAGGCACAUGGUCCCUGCCAUCAAAAUACCACAAAGACGGCUUCUAUCGCAUUCAGUACAGUUUCAUUAAGGAAGCGGAGCACCACUGCUUGUUGCAUAGCCCCAUUCCUGUGAACUGCCCUAUAAGAUUGCUCCAUGGCAUGAAGGAUGACAUCGUACCGUGGCAUACGUCCAUGCAGGUGGCUGACCAAGUGCUCAGCACUGAUGUGGAUGUCAUCCUCCGAAAAGAUAGUGAUCACCGAAUGAAGGAAAAGGCAGACAUACAGCUUCUUACUUACACGAUUGAUGACUUAAUAGACAAACUUUCAACUAUAGUUAACUAGAAUCAUUUUUAAUUGGUAUGUAAACUAACAUAUCCAGAAGAUUGCAAGGGGAAUAGAAAAUCAAAGAUCUUAAUCCUUUAGGGUUUUCCCUCUUACCUCUGUUUGUAAAUAUCAGAUAAGCAUUUAUUUAAUGCUUAUCUGUCUCUGCACAGAUAAUACAAAUUGUGGCAAAAAUACCGGCUGCUGUUUGGACAAUUUUCUCCUUCCUAUAAUCUUUCAUUUUUUAAUUAAAAUAAUUCCUAUUUUUUAUCCAAGAGAUGUUUACCUUUCUUAUGAUUAUGUUAGCUGGGCCAGCUCUUAUGCUCUUAUCUACUUAGAAUUAUUAAUAAAGCUUGAAUACUUUG